UUUGUGCAAGAACUCAGACAAUAAGAUCCGCCAUGUUUAAAUACCUCUUUUUCGCAUUGUUUCUUUACACAAGUGUUGAAGCGUAUGUAGGUAUUAUAGCUGAAGAGGAAAAACCAGCCAAGUUCGCUGAUCAAGAAGGUUGCUACCUUUCUGAUUACGAUCGCAUGCUACAAUUCGAUGUUCCUUUCACACCACAAGAUGGCACUGCUUGUGUAAAGUAUACUUGCAAGGAUACUAAAUUAAUACAUAUCGAAGGAUGCAGUGCUAAAGGAAUAUCCGAUAAUUGCGAAAGAACUCCCUCAGAUUUGACCCAAGCAUUCCCAGAUUGCUGUGAAAAGGUCCGCUGCACUCUUCCCGAUGGACGAAUCAUUGAAGUCUAAUCAUUCCAAUCGCGGUCAGUGCAACAAAAGAAUAUGAAUAAAUAAAUUAUUCUAUAUUUCCAUA